AUGAGCGAUGCAGCCAGUGCCAUUAUUCCUGCCACCAAAAGUAGACAUUUGCGAGCAUGUUUACUCUGCUCUAUAAUUCAAACCUCCCAAGAUUUUCGGAGCAUUGGUUGUCCUAAUUGCGAAGAGAUUCUUCAGUUGAAAGAUAACCCAGAUCGUAUUCUUGCUUGUAGUACUUCGUACUUCGACGGAGUCAUUGCACUAAUAGAUCCUGAGACGAGUUGGGUUGCUCGAUGGCAGCGAACCGCAAAAUAUGCUCGCGGUAUGUACGCAGUCCGAGUGAAAGGUCGAGUGCCGGAAGACGUGGAAGCAGAACUGGAAAGCCGGGGAAUUAAAUAUCGACCAAGGGACCAAAGCGAUCAAGACUAA